AUGGAGCAGCCGACGCUUUCUCCGAAACCACCAGAGCUCCAGCAGGUUGCUCAAAGAGACCGCUACUCUCGCCUCAAUGUUAAGCAAGUUCUGCGCCCUUCAUUCUUGCGGUAUUGUCUGCUUGUGCUAGUGCUGUGCGGCGUCGGGAUGUUCGCAAUGACGGCCAAUGUAAAUACCGAUCAGACUACGGGUCGUAGCACGAGCGAGCAUAAAUGGGAGGGAGAGGUCCAUGAUAGUGGCUACAGACCGCCACCUCCUGACAAUAGGGACAGCUCGUUCUCGGCCGACGACGUGAAGCGCAUGGAGGAGCAGCUCAUAUACACGAUCCACGAGACGGCGCAGCGGACUAUUGAACCGCGUGGUAUUGUGUUGCCAUUGUUUGACAACAUUACAACGCUGGGCGUGUCUUUGAUCUUGGAGCUACGAGCGAUGGGCGUGCAUUUGCCAAUCGAAAUACCGCAUUGUGGAGAUCUGAAAGACUCGACGACCCGCACAAUUCUGGAACAAGAAGAAGUGGGUGUGCUGCACUUCUAUGAUGUUUGUGAACUUGCGUCAGAGACCGUCAGUUUGCGGGAUGCGUCCGUGAAGGUGUUUUGCGAGAGUCUGAGCAACUGCUAUGAGCUGUUUCAGAGCUUUGACAUCAAGCUACUGGCUGUGAUUUUAUCGCGGUUUGAAGAGGUGAUGCUGCUUGAUGCUGACACGCUGUUCUUUGAGAGUCUCAUGUCGCUCUGGGACACGGACAAGUACCAGAGUACAGGCACGCUGUUUUUUCAUGACCGAAUUGGGGCCAACAGAGAGCACUUGGGUAAACUCCUCCGUCGUCGCAAUGACGGUGUGAGACAAAUACAUGACUUCAUGUCACGUUUCGAUGUGUCGCCGUUUGAGCCGUUGGGUCGCAUUGAACGACCGAACGCAACAAGCAAGAACAAGGUGCCUGUUACACUACAUUUCUCACCGAGCGAGCACCUGUUGACGAGUCAUUCGUGGAACUACCGCGCAGGCCACGAGAUGGACUCGUCGUUAGUACUAUGGAACAAGAAGCGGCAGCCACGAGCAACAGCAAUCCUGGGAGCGUUCGUAGCGCGCAAUCGCAUCGACCGGCCUCCUUCUUACGGAGAUAAGGAGCUGUUUUUUGUGGCCACCGAGCUGGCUGAGACGCAGUACUCGUUUUCUGAUUUUGGAACCGGAGGUGCGGGUUGGGACUUUCGCGACUAUGGUCCCGGCAAGUCGGUGCUCUGCGGCACCACCGCGCAUUAUUACCCCGUAAAAGCGAAGGAUGAAAGGCUCGUUGCUAAUGCUAGCGUGCUGUACCUCAAUAGCGAUGACAUUCUGGUGUAUGACCCAAAAACGAAGCCCCUGUACUAUACUCAGGCGCGACUAUGCGAGGUAUACCCGGGUGACGUUUAUAAGAGCGGUUUGGAUAUUACGUGCCCGUUCGACGUGACGGGUGUGCGCUUUUCUCCUGAGCAGGAGGAUCACAUGCUGCUACGUCAGCACUUCUACGAGGUUGCUAAGGCCUGGAUGGAGUAG